UUAGAAAGAAAAGAUACGAAGUGAAAAAGAAAGAGAAGAGAAAAGGAGAAGACGGUUCUAGAUCUUCUUAAGCCUUUCCCGACCUGCAAUCGACCAAGCGAAUACUCUCUGAUUCUUCAGCAACGAUGAAGCGAUCAAUCAACGAAGUCGUCGGAUCUGCGUCGGUGAACACACUCGAUUCCGCCAAUGCUAUGAAGCCCGUCUUCCUCACCAAAGCUCAGCGCGAAGAAUUAGCCCUAAAACGCCGCCAGGAUCAAAUCUCCGAUAUGCGUCUCCGCCGCGACCAAGUCGGUGGCUCCACUUCCACCCCUGACACUGAAGACGCCAAUGGAGAUCGCAGUAAGGACCGGGAUCGAGACCGCGACCUAGAUCGAGAUCGGGACCGGGAGAGAGAUAGAGGACGAGACCGCGACAGGGAUAGAGACAGAGGGCGAGACCGCGACAGGGAUAGAGACAGAGAUCGCGACCGUGAGCGUGAGCGUGAUCGUGACCGUGACCGCCGUGAACGAGAUCGUGAGCCGGAUCGGAGAAUUCGAGAUAGGGAGAGGGAGGAGGAGGCCAAGGCUAGGGAGAAGGCGCGGGUUGAGAAGUUAGUUGAGCGAGAGAGGGAGAAGGAACUCGACGCCAUUAAAGAACAGUACCUAGGCGGAAAGAAGCCGAAGAAGAGAGUCAUCAGGCCGAGCGAGAAGUUCCGUUUCUCUUUCGAUUGGGAAAACACCGAGGAUACUUCGAGGGACAUGAACGUUCUCUACCAAAACCCUCACGAAGCUCAGCUUCUGUUUGGGAGAGGGUUUCGUGCUGGUAUGGACCGCCGCGAGCAGAAAAAACAGGCGGCCAAGCACGAGAGGGAGAUGCGCGACGAGAUUCGUAAGAAGGAUGGUGUAGUAGAGAGACCAGAGGAGGCGGCUGCUCAGAAGGAGCGAGAAGAAGCCGCGGAUACAUAUGACUCGUUUGACAUGAGGGUUGAUAGGCACUGGAGUGAUAAGAGAUUAGAGGAGAUGACUGAAAGGGAUUGGCGUAUCUUCAGGGAAGAUUUCAACAUCUCUUACAAAGGCUCGAGGAUUCCUCGUCCAAUGAGGAGCUGGGAAGAGAGCAAGCUCACUUCUGAGCUUUUGAAAGCUGUGGAGAGAGCUGACUACAAGAAACCUUCUCCGAUUCAAAUGGCAGCCAUACCUCUUGGACUGCAACAGCGAGAUGUCAUCGGCAUUGCAGAGACUGGUUCUGGUAAGACUGCUGCUUUUGUUUUGCCCAUGUUAGCUUACAUAUCUAGGUUGCCACCGAUGAGUGAAGAGAAUGAGACUGAGGGACCUUACGCUGUGGUUAUGGCCCCUACUCGUGAGCUUGCGCAGCAGAUUGAGGAGGAAACUGUAAAGUUUGCGCAUUAUCUUGGGUUUAGGGUGACUUCUAUUGUUGGUGGUCAGUCGAUUGAAGAACAGGGGUUGAAGAUUACACAAGGGUGUGAGAUUGUGAUUGCUACUCCUGGUCGUUUGAUUGAUUGCCUUGAGAGGCGGUACGCAGUGUUGAACCAGUGCAACUACGUGGUUCUUGAUGAGGCAGAUCGGAUGAUAGACAUGGGUUUUGAGCCUCAGGUUGCAGGUGUGUUAGAUGCGAUGCCUUCAAGUAACUUGAAACCCGAGAACGAAGAAGAAGAGCUUGACGAAAAGAAGAUUUACAGGACCACGUAUAUGUUCAGUGCUACAAUGCCUCCUGGGGUAGAAAGGCUCGCUAGGAAGUACUUGAGGAACCCUGUUGUUGUCACCAUUGGUACUGCAGGAAAGACCACGGAUUUGAUCUCGCAACAAGUGUUUUGGGUGAAAGAAUCUGAGAAGUUCUUCAGAUUGCAGAAACUGCUCGACGAGCUCGGCGAUAAAACUGCAAUCGUGUUUGUUAACACAAAGAAAAACUGCGACUUUAUCGCCAAGAAUCUGGAUAAGGCGGGAUACCGUGUGACGACCCUGCACGGUGGGAAGUCGCAAGAGCAGAGAGAAAUCAGCUUAGAAGGAUUCAGAGCAAAGAGAUACAAUGUUCUUGUUGCGACGGAUGUUGUGGGCCGUGGAAUAGAUAUUUCCGAUGUGGCUCAUGUCAUAAACUAUGACAUGCCUAAACAUAUAGAGAUGUAUACACAUCGUAUCGGACGUACAGGACGUGCUGGGAAAAGCGGUGUUGCGACUUCGUUUUUGACUGGAACUGAUACUGAUAUUUUUUAUGAUCUUAAGCAGAUGCUUGUUCAGAGCAACAGUGUUGUGCCUCCUGAGCUAGCGAGACAUGAAGCGUCCAGAUUCAAACCAGGAACAGUUCCUGAUAGACCCCCAAGACAUAGUGACACAGUCUAUAUAAACUGAGUCGAGUCACUAGGGUCUGGAUUUGCUCUUGAAUUUGAUAGUAGUUAAUUUAAUAGUCAAGUCGCAAAUGAAAUAGUUGGAACUUGAGAAUCUUUUGGAUAAUUUUCUGCUAGUUUUUUGUUCAAGAGAAGCAUGUUUGAUUUUCAGUAUAAUAUUCUUACGUAUAUUGCAUCGCAACUGGGAUAGUUGGAACUUGAUAAACUUUUGAAUUUUUUGAUCAAGAAAAGCAUGUUUGAUU